CACAUGAGGACCUAAAGACGCGCACUAGUGUAUACAUGUUGAAACCCCAAGAAAUCGAUAGUGUCACGCACGCCGACAAUGUGGCAGACACAGGCUCAGGCUCGUGCAGAAGACUCGAGACUUGCCUCCGAGCGGCAGCUCACUUCCAGAGGCUCAGCUCUUGUCAGGUUCGAGUAUUUACGUUGGAAUGAGAAGAGAACGCCAGACGAGAAACGCGUGCAAACUCUCAAAGAUAUAUUCAAACGGGAAGGCUGUCUACCAAUGAAAAUAGGCAAUCACAUACCUGUAACCAUUGAUCAACAACUCCUCGACGCCGCUUUGGAAGAUGCUCAGCAAAAACGCAGGUGGCAGACGAACACUCUGCCAAACAGUUAUUCCAUUAUCAAUUCGCAGGGAGGAUACCCGGAGCUUGAGUUCCCAGGCGGUCUUGAAUACCUCCACGGAUGUCAAAGGAUCCAAGCCGGGCGGGAGUAUCUCACGCCGAGCGAGAAGUGGUGGAUUGUGGAUCUGUACCUUUCAAACAUCAGCUAUGAAUUGAGAACAUUCCUCGUUGAGGAAUAUACCAAUGAAGAGAAGCCGUGUGACGGUGAGAUUUAUCGGAAGAUCCGUAGAUACCAUUCUCUGCCAACAGCCGUUGACUGCAUGGUUUCAUCUGCUACCUGUCACAGCCUCGAAAUGCGUUGGUGGGCUCGUUUAAAAGGAAGAAGAGUGGAUUAUCUCAAGGGUAUGCUCAGGAUCUCCCAAUUGGCCUCUGCGUUCGACGCUCUAGCGAGAAUUACCGGACUCUGUGAUAGCGGUAUGAAGAUCACUACGUUGCAUAAAGUGAGGGGAAUGAGGUGUCACGAUUGGAUAGUAAACUACCUUGGGAAUAUUGAAAAAACAUGGGCCGGGUUUUUCGGCGGGAUUUCACAGUGGCAACAAAGGGUUGAUAAGGUUGAUGUGAAGGUUUUAGAACUCAGGGCUCCAGGGGCAUCCACCGUGGAUGCUGAGUAUCUUCAAGGCCGGAUUCUAGGAGGGGUCGUUUUCAAAAAUUUCAGCCCUCAAGAACGCGUCAUCAUAUGGAAUAACAUUUGGGUAUUCAAAGGCAUCAUUCCUUCCCUAUCCACGUUCUUCCUGGACAUCAUAUUCUUGGAGAAAUGCAUUGACGGCGUGAAGCGAUUGGUUGCAGUCUCUCCAGAUGAAACGGUGUCUUCUGCUUUAGAUCAUUCGUACAUAAAAGAGCAAGGAAGCCAAUGGAUUCAGACCAGUGAAACAACCUUCGAUUCUGAAAGGGGGAGUUUGGAGACCUGUAAGAAGCUUGGUAUUCUGGGAUUAGUCGCUUUUGUUAUGCGUCUACACCAGUAUCUCCCCAAAGAUCCUGUCAAGAAGAACCGUAAAACGACGCCAAGGGCCAAGGCCGAUAGAGGCGUGCUCCAGCAACUUGCUGCUCUGGCUGAGAUACUGGGGUUUGACUCUCUUGAGAUCAGGGCUCUG